GGGAAGGUACCAUCACCCAACUGUAACCUGUAUUGACUGAUCAACACCAAAAUUAUGUAUUAGGCCUACCUCUCUCAAGAUUAUAGCAGGUGAAUAGGUGAAAAAUGUAUUUAUGAUGGAGAAACUCUGCAUAAAAUGGCACAUAUGGUUCCUGCAUAUCUCAGUAAGGUCCUGAAGUGUUGGGAUUGGUGCCAAAAGGGAGCAAAGAUCAAGGAAGAAGAGCAGAAAUUCCAUUGAAGAAUUCAUCAUUCUGGUUCAGUGAAAGUCAUUUACAGGCGGAUUGAAGUCCAUCUGAGCUCAUACCCUUGUACUAUUGCUGCAUAAGUACUUGGAAAAUGGUUGAACAUGAGAAAGGGAAGAUGGAAAACAAGAGAAUAAGCAUUCCAAAGAGAGGGGAUGAAGCUCUUUUGUUUUCUUGGCCAUGGGAGAACUUGAAUAACUUUAAGUAUUUGUUGUAUGGACCAAUAGCUGGAAAAGUACUAUAUUCUAUCUACAAGGAAAAAACCAUCAAGAAUGAUGAUACUUGGUGCUUGCAUAUUCUUAUCUUGUUUGGCCUCAGAGCCCUUGUUCAUCAGCUAUGGAGCACUUACAGCAACAUGCUCUUCCUGAAUCGGGCUCAUCGAAUUAAUGAACAGGGAGUUGAGUUCAGUCAAAUUGAUGCAGAAUGGCAUUGGGAUAAUUUUCUGAUCCUUGAAGCUAUUUUGGCUUACUUGUUAUGUUUGAGUUUCCCUCUCUUGGCCAAUCUUCCCAUCUGGGAUUUGAGGGGUGUUCUUAUUUGCCUCAUACUCCACAUUGGAAUCUCCGAGCCGUUGUAUUACUGGAUGCACAGAUUGUUGCAUUUCCCCAGUUUAUUUCGGAAGUACCAUUGGCUCCAUCAUAGCUCUAAAGUUAUUAGUCCUUUCACAGCUGGGCAUGCAUCAUUCCUGGAACGUCUGUUGCUUUGUGUAGUUAUAGGAAUUCCAACCUUGGGGACUGCCUUCAUCGGUCAUGGAUCUGUAGGCCUCAUAUACUGUUAUCUUUUGGUUUUUGAUUUUCUUCUGUGUUUGGGGCACAGCAAUGUUGAAGUUCUUCCUGGCAGCUUGUUUCAGGCUAUUCCUCUUCUCAAAUAUCUUAUCUAUACACCGACAUACCACAGUCUUCACCACAUGGACAUGGGGACUAACUUUUGCCUCUUCAUGCCUGUAUAUGAUAAGCUAUGGAAUACAAUAAACAUGAAUACUUGGACUCUUCACAAAGAAAUUAGUUCUAGGACAUGUGCAGAUAGCAGAAUACCUGAUUUCGUGUUUCUAGUACAUGGCGUCGAUAUAAUGUCAGGAAUGCAUGCUCCGUUUGUUUUCCGAUCCUUCAGCUCAAUACCCUUCAGAGUAAAGCCCUUCUUGUUUCCAAUGUGGCCUUAUACAUUCAUCGUUAUGCUUGUUAUGUGGGCAAAGUCCAGAACCUUCUUGUUCAGCUUUUACAAUCUCAGAGGAAGAUUGCAUCAGACAUGGACUGUCCCAAGAUUUGGUUUCCAGUAUUUCUUACCUUUUGCUGCAGAAGGCAUAAACACCCAAAUAGAAGAAGCUAUCCUAAAAGCUGACAGGAUUGGCGUUAAGGUCCUCAGCCUUGCUGCGUUAAAUAAGAAUGAAGGGCUGAACGGAGGUGGAAAGCGUUUCACGGACAAGCAUCCCGAUCUUAGAGUCAGGGUGGUUCAUGGAAAUACAUUGACUGCUGCGGCCAUCCUAAAUGAGAUUCCUAAAGAUGUUGAUGAGGUUUUCUUAACCGGGGCAACUUCUAAGCUUGGUCGGGCCAUUGCUCUCUACCUUGCUCGGCGCAAGGUCAAAGUUCUGAUGCUAACUCUGUCCAAGGAGAGAUUCCUCAAGAUCCAGGAAGAAGCACCGGUGGACUGCCAAAAGUAUUUAGUUCAAGUUACUAAAUAUCAGGCUGCUAAGCACUGCAAGACAUGGAUUAUUGGCAAGUGGACGACACCAAGGCAACAGUAUCAUGCUCCAUCAGGAACACAUUUUCACCAGUUUGUGGUUCCACCCAUUAUUCCGUUUAGAAGAGACUGCAAGUAUGGGAAGCUCGCAGCCAUGAGGCUCCCAGAGGAUGUUGAGGGACUCGGGUCGUGUGAGUACACAAUGGAACGAGGAGUCGUUCAUGCAUGUCAUGCCGGAGGGGUAGUUCAUCUUCUUGAAGGCUGGAAACACCAUGAGGUGGGGGCUAUCGACGUUGAUCAGAUUGACGUUGUGUGGGAAGCUGCACUCAGACAUGGCCUCAAGCCCUUGUAGAUUUUCAAUUCCGAUGGUGCUAUCUUGUAUGCUAUCAAAGUUUAGUGCAAGCAUAUCUUCUUUUCAUGUUGUCAGGAUGUUUCUAUUGAUUGUUUACUUCCAAAUAAUUAUAUACAAUUACACCAUUAAUGUUAUACAGAGCAACAAUCAUCUGUAGGGGCCCUAUUUCAUUUGAAUUUGCAGUUUUCUAUGAAAGCAGAAGCAGCUCUGUAAAA